CGUCUUCAUGUACUUGGAAAGCGAUGAGCUGUAUAAUGGCGCUCUUUUUCCUUCUGGGUAGCGUCGUCCUACAGGCUUGUCUUGCUCGAUGCGAUGAUGGGCUCCUCCAUGAUUUUCAGGUUCACCCUCCUGUGUUGACCCCGAGCAGCACAGGAAAGAAUGAAUAUGGAUGCGUAGUGACGCAGACGCUGAUGGAAUAUGACUUUGCGAACAGCUAUGGAAGUCCAUAUAUUGGCGAGUAUUCUCCUCCUAACUGCGAUUUCAACCGAGUCGUAAUCAACUUCACGCUCACCUCCAAGGGCAGACAAUAUGAUCGGCUGGCGCUCAUGUAUUUCAACUCCACCGAGGUUUGGAGAACAUCGACGGCAGAGCCCACAGCAGACGGGAUCAUAUACAGCUACACCAAGGAGAUGCAGCAGUACCUUUCGCUGUGGAGAGAACCGCAGAAGCUCAUCUUUGACCUGGGAAACAUCGUUGAUUCUGUGUAUACCGGCAUUUUGAACACGACACUGACUGCUACUUUCUUCACGGUGCCUGAAACGACGGCAACAACCCCUGCCGACACAAUUCUGCCCAUCUCCAUGCUGGUAGGAGGGCAAAACAAAAGUAGUGUCGCGCUGCUGCCCACCGACAGUCUCGCGGUGUCAUAUACUCUUCCACGGAACAUGAAGCGGGCUGUGAUCAGUAUCUCGGCGUGCGGCCAGUCCGAUGAGGAGAUGUGGUACCAGAAUGUAUUUUCCAAUGCGGUGGACACCUUCGAGAGCGUCUCUGGCGCUCUACUUGGCGAUGGCCCGUGGCGCGAGAUCCAGGUGUGGAUUGAUGGUAUGCUGGCCGGAGUCUCCUGGCCAUUUCCUGUUGUGUUCACAGGUGGUAUUGUUCCUGGCCUGUGGAAGCCGCUUGCAGGAAUCGAUGCGUUUGACCUGCGCGAGCACGAGAUUGACAUCACCCCCUUCGUGCCGUAUCUAUCUGACGGCAAAUCUCACGAGUUCCGAAUAACUGCAGUGGGCGUCAAUAACGAGGGUUCCCACUCCACGAUCCUCAACACCACCACUACAUCCUGGUACGUGACAGGAAAGGUGUUUAUAUACCUGGAUGAAGACAACCAUAUCACCACAGGCAGCAUGCCUUCGGUCUCUGCGCCAGACCCAGUGCUAGAGACCACUCAGCAUAUUUGGACUAAUGGCAGUGGAUACAAUGAGACGCUGCUGGAGACCACCACUGCGCGCCGGUCCCUCUUUAUCUCAAGCACAAUCAAGACGGCCACAGGCAAGGAAGAAGAGGUCUCCUGGUCCCAGGAGAUCAGCUAUACAAACUACAACCAGCUCUCCAACUACGGGUGGUACCAGACCACCAUCCAAAACACAAUCGGCCUGGACAAGACGGGCGCGAGUAUCGGGUAUUCCAACGCUUACGAGUAUCCCAUUAACUGCAACUGGACGUACGCAGAGAAUGGCACAGCAGAGGCCCUGUGGAGCAAUACCACGCGCGGGCUCGAGUUCACCAUUACAGGACCUUCGGUGUUUCCGGAUGGACUGCAGCCCUACCAGCUCGUCAGUUCUCCGGCGGGCAGUGGCAAGAUAGCUCUCUCGGUGCUGGGCAAUGUCGUCUCUGGGUCGACCCUCAAAACAACACAGUCCGGUACAGCGUACUACUUCAACACGGAUCCUAGCACCACCGCGCCGCUGUAUAACUUUGGGAGCUCAAACCAGACCAUGGAGUUCCAGGCGGUUUGGGAGGAUCGCGGGGAGGUUUACAGCCGCAUUGUCCACUCCAUCAAUGAUACCAUCACAGUGGAUGAGCAGACCUUCCAGCUGGGCAAGGUUGAGCGUUAG